UCACAGUCGCUUACACAGGGCACACGCCGGUGUCGGAGCGGAGCGCAGGCUGUACGGAGCCGCCACCAGCCAGAGAGACGCAGGAGAGAGGAGCGGUGCCGCGGGAGGUGGCGUGACUUGACCGGUAUUUUUUGGGAGCAAGAGCGCAGCACUUCUUAUUUAUUGCUCUGUGACUUUUGCGCCGCAUUUAAAAACGCAGCUUCUGACACUCGGACUGGGGCUUCCAGGGCUUUGAGAGCUGUUACCGGAGACUUCAGCUUGCUGGGCGAACCAACCCUCGUGUGCGCAAAAUACGCGAGGACGCAGAGACGGGGACACAGGGACCGGGAGCCCCUCGCUCGGAACUUGUCGCUCCCUGAAGCCGCUGUCCAGACUCUCCGGAGCACAGAUAUCGCCCGAAGCCCCCCCCCAGCCGUGGAGCACACGCAGGAGUUUUGUUCACUAUUUUUUGGAUCAGGUCUUAGUGGUAUCGCUCCACUGAAUGGACAGACGUAAAGGCAAAGGGUUGCUCAAACAAAAAUCUCUAAAUAGCUUCAGUGACAUGUAGUUGCCACAAAGUUUUCUCCUCCAAUGGUUUAAUAAACGCCGUGGGAUUAUUCCUGAAAUUGUUCCGUUUUGACCGCUGCCAGCGAUUUCUGCUCCUGAAGAAGUGUGGGGUGUUUUUUUUGUUUUUUGUUUUGUUUUUUGGAGGAACAGCAGAUUUUAUAUCAUUCGCGUUGGAAACAUUAGAAACUUAAAGCUCUCCACGAGUUUCUGAAUCCUCCAAGAUGGAUUUCGUGCCAUCGUUGAUUGGAUUUUUAAUGGCAGUGUGUCACCUGGCGUUGAGAGUCAGGGGAGAAGAGGAGUGCGGAGGAGUCUACGAUGCCAGCGCGGCGGGUUACAUAACUUCCCCUGGGUAUCCUCUGGAGUACCCACCUCACCAGAACUGUCAUUGGAUCAUCACGGCGCCGGAGCCCUCGCAGCGCAUCGUCCUCAACUUCAACCCACACUUUGAGAUCGAGAGGCUGGACUGCAAGUAUGACUUCAUCGAGAUCCGCGAUGGGACUUCAGACACUGCUGACGUUCUGGGUCGACACUGCAGCAACAUCGCCCCAGCGCCAAUCAUCUCAUCUGGCCCCUCCCUCCAGAUCCGAUUCGUCUCUGACUACGCCCACCAGGGGGCAGGCUUCUCUCUGCGUUACGAGAUCUUCAAAACAGGGUCAGAAUUCUGCUUCCGCAAUUUCACCAGCCCCUCCGGCAUGAUCGAGUCCCCGGGUUUCCCAGAUAAAUACCCUCACAAUCUGGAGUGCUCCUAUAUGAUCAUUGCCCCGCCUCACAUGGACAUCACUCUCACUUUCCUGACGUUUGACCUCGAGAACGACCCCCUGUUGGUGGGAGAGGGCGACUGCAAGUACGACUGGCUGGAUGUUUGGGACGGUCUGCCACAAGUGGCUCCUCUGAUCGGCCGGUACUGUGGGACAAAGAUCCCUCCAGAGAUCCAGUCGUCCUCCGGCCUGCUGUCCCUCUCCUUCCACACCGACAUGGCCGUGGCCAAAGACGGCUUCUCCGCCCGCUACAACAUGACACACAAAGAAGUCGCAGACUCAGCGUUCCACUGUAGCACGGCACUCGGCAUGGAGUCAGGGAAGAUCAGUGACGACCAGAUCACCGCGUCUACGACCUUCUAUGACAACCGCUGGUUGCCACGCCAGGCCCGCCUCAACAAUGACGACAACGCCUGGACGCCAUCAGAGGACAGCAACAAGGAGUAUAUACAGGUUGACCUCCACUUCCUGAAGGUUUUGACGGGCAUUGCCACACAAGGGGCCAUUUCUAAGGAGACUCAGAAGUCCUACUACGUCACCACCUUCAAACUGGAGGUCAGCACCAAUGGAGAAGACUGGAUGGUGUACCGACAUGGAAAGAACCACAAAAUUUUCCACGCCAACACAGACCCAGCUGAGGUGGUUCUGAACAGGGUCCCGCAGCCAGUUUUGGCACGGUUUGUUCGCAUCCGACCACAGACUUGGAGGAACGGCAUCGCCCUGCGCUUUGAGCUCUACGGAUGCCAGAUUACAGAUGCUCCGUGUUCAGACCUGCAGGGCCUGCUGUCCGGCCUGCUACCUGAUGCACAGAUCUCAGCCUCGUCCAGCAGGGACAUGGUGUGGAAUCCUGGGACCGCCCGUCUGGUUGCUAGUCGCUCCGGCUGGUUCCCCGCCCCUGCACAGCCCCUGACUGGAGAGGAGUGGUUACAGGUGGACCUAGGUGUGCCGAAGACGGUGCGUGGUGUGAUCACCCAAGGAGCGAGGGGAGGAGACGCUGGAAGCGGGGCAACCACAGAUAACCGGGCAUUUGUUAGGAAGUACAAAGUGGCGCACAGCCUGAAUGGAAAAGAGUGGAAUUUCAUCAUGGACAAGAAGACCAGCCUGCCCAAGAUUUUCGAGGGGAACACACACUACGACACCCCAGAGCUGCGUCAUUUUGAGGAGACAGUGGCCCAGUACAUCAGGCUGUAUCCAGAGAGGUGGUCUCCAGCAGGGAUUGGGAUGAGAGUGGAGAUACUAGGCUGUGACCUUCCAGAAACCACCACAACAGCUGACCCAGUCACGCCAACUCUGCCAGCCGACAUUGAAACCACCACUGUCCCCAUUACGACUACAGUAGCUACGUCUGCUCCAUCAGAGAGUGUGUGCGACUUUGACCAUGGCCUGUGUGGUUGGACGCAUGACCCCAACGCCCCUCUCUUCUGGUCCCUGCACGAGCUCAACAGCUAUCUGUACAUGGACGCGAGCCUAAAGACAGAGCAGCAGCGAGCCCGGCUCGUGAGCCCUGUGGUGGCAGCCGAAACUGGGCCCCUCUGCCUCCUCUUCUCCUAUCAGCUGUCGGGAGAAGCCCAGGGCCACCUGAAGGUCCUGCUGCGGGACGCCCACAACGAGGAGACCCUCCUCUGGACAUUGAAGGAUGAUCAGGGCCGUGUCUGGAGGGAGGGUCGCACUAUCCUGCCUCGUUCCCCUAAGAACUUCCAGGUUGUGAUGGAGGGUUUCUUUGUGCACGGCACCAGAGGACACAUCUGGAUAGACAACAUCCACAUGAGCUCCAGCACCCCUCUGAAAGAGUGUACUCAACCCUUUGCAGCUUUUUCUCCUGAAAAUCCAGUUAAGAAACCCAAUGCAUUUGAAGAUGGACGACUUUUCAGUGGGAGAGACUUGCCAGGUGGAGUUUUACAGUCCACCGAGUGGAACACAGCAUCCCCGUCAUCAGAGCCUCCAGUGACCCGUGUCUCAGAGAAGGACAACUCGUGGCUGUACACCCUGGACCCCAUCCUGGUCACCAUCAUCGUCAUGAGCUCCCUGGGCGUCCUACUCGGGGCAGUCUGCGCCGGCCUUCUCCUGUACUGCACCUGCUCCUACAGCGGCCUGUCGUCACGUUCCUCCACCACCCUGGAGAACUACAACUUCGAACUGUACGACGGCCUGAAGCACAAGGUCAAACUGAACCAACAGCGCUGCUGCACCGAGGCAUGAGAGAGUAAACACAAAAAGAGACAGAACAAUAGCGAGAGAUACAGCCAUUUUGUGAAAACCUCUCACUAUUUUCUUCAUUUCCUCCAGUUCACUUUAGAGUCAGUUUACUUCUGCAAUGGUGCAGAUGCCUGAACACAUGGACAAUGAGAAAGCCACUUUUUAGCUCAAAUGAGAGCUCGUUUCCUGUUUGCAAAAACGUGGCACUGUCCAGUGUUUGGUAGUUUUUGUGGUGAAAGAACCGAUGAGAGAAAGACUGGGGUUACCCAUAUGGAUUGUUCCAUUGUGGGGAUGUUAGUCCUCAAAAAAUAAAUAUCUACACAUAUCAAUUACAGAUUCCUGCUCCACCAAAAGAGAACUGUUUAUAAAUGCAUCAUAGAUUUGUAAGAGGUCUAGUUUUGAAACUGGAUACUGUGAGCUGCACAUAGUAAGUCAGAAGACGUUGUGUUGGAAAGGUGGUAGGUUAUGAAUGUGCUUAGAGAGCGUCUUUUUUGAUCACAUGUGAACACAGUGGCCUAGAACUUAGCUCCUUUGUGUGGCCCGUUGAGUUUUUUGUUCCGUCGCAGACUCUGCUAUCUAUCAGCCUCAGUUAUCCUCUUAGUUCCUGACAGUCUGUGGUAUUUUUAGUCACUGACGUCCCUCCAAUUUGUCUUUCUGCUCGGUCACUCUCUUUCUGUUUAAUGUUUUUGUUCUGUGAUGGCAGAUAAGUAGAAAAAAACAGGCAAAAGAAAAUGUAUGUGUGUGUGUAGAGGUGGGGGGUGGAUUUUAACACAUUCUUUUAAUGACAGAGAGACAUUAUUGGUAGAUUUAGUUGUCGGAGACUGUUGUUGCUGGCUCCUGUAAAAGAGAGCGUCACGUUUACAUUGUGGUUAAUGAUGAAAGGUCAAGGAGCUUUGCUCGGUGCAACCUAUGGAUUGCUGGUAAGAGCAGAGACUGAAAACCACUGAAGGAAGAGAAACAAAGAGAGAGUGAGAGAGACCAUGACUGACAGAGCGCUAAAACCCCCAUGCCUCUCUCUCUCACAGGGGUAAAGUUCUCUCUGUGCUUUUGCGAGGACAAAAAAACAAAUGGGAUCAAAAACAAAUGCACAGCCAGAAACUGCUUUCUCAAUCGACUGACUGUGUGCCCAGACACACAACAAGCCUUAAAAGCAAGACUGUUUGCAGAAAUGUUGAAAAAGGAACGUUGAGGCAACACCAAGACAAGAGAGGAGCUAUCUAUCUCUCUCUCUUUUUACAUGAGGACCUCAAAAGCCAUGAUUUAAAGGACCUACCCCCACCCCCCCUUUCCCUACACACACAUCACACCUACCCUCAUCUCAACCUGCUGGCUAAUUGCAACCUGUUUUCUGAAGUUGAUUUUGUUAUUUGUUUUUUAAUGUCGGCUCUCGCACAGCAAGGCGGGCAUUCUUCGGGGCAGUUUUUCAACCAAUCAGAAAGAAUCUAGUCUUAUACACUCUGAAUGGACUCAUAAGCCAUGAGAAGACAAGGGUGAGAGACCCUCCCAUGCACAUGCACAUACACACAUUACUUCACUUGUAUAUACAGAUCUAUAUACAGAACAUGAAUACACACACUGACUCUCUCAGAAACUAAUGAAACUUUGGACACACACACUGAGUGGCACUCAGACCUAAAAAUGAAGGGAAUAAUGGCUGCUGCUGAGAGGUAUAUAUUUGAGACCAUGAAGUACAUAAAUGCCGUGGAUUCGCUACACACACACACACACACAUGCACUCAACAUUUCAGCCCACUCACGCUCACCAUGGACGCACACAUACGCCGUCCCUCUCCUCUGAGGCCCGCAUCUCUGGACCCCACUGACUCUCUUCAAAGUGCCUUGGAGGCUCGGGGAUCCAGCUUGCCUUUGGAGCCGGAAUCAGAUAUAGUAAUUUGACACUGACAAUGACAGUGAAACUGACAGCGCCCCCUUCUGCCUGGGAGGACCAAACAUGUAAAAGGACAGGAUCCCCCCCUUUCGCACUGCUCGGACUGCUGAUGUUGUUUUAAAAGGGGUCUUUGUACAGGAAAGCUCUUUUUAUGAUUGUUAUUAUAAUUAUUGUUAUGAUUAUUUAAUAAAG